GCCACACUGUGCACUCCGAGCAAAUGUUGAGACGGGGUUUUAGUUUUUUUUACAACCCGUUUUUGUCAUCAGCUGCUGAAGUUUUGUUAAGUAUUUUUGUUUACUUUUUUAAAUAUGUUCUCCUCAUGGAAAAUGAGUAUUAAAUAGUUUCUGAACAAUAUUAGCGACGGCAGGUUCAAUAUGUCAAAAAAAUACUGCAUCCUGUGUCUGGACUUGACCCCUCCGACGAGUUCAAAGUUCAAGACGACGACAAAAGUAGAAAUUUCGACCUUGUCCCGACUUCUCGUCCCCUGCCCGGAAAUCAAACAUGAAAACGAAACUUGCACAUUGUGCGAUGAAUGUGCCCUUAAUUAUCAUCAGAUUGUGGAUAUUCGACAAGAAAUUUCAAAACUGGAAGACCAAAUCGCCCAAAACGUGGAUGUAAUGAGGACAGCCCUUGUGAAUUCUGAACCAAAGAAAGAAAUUUGUGGGAAUAAUGAGGACGAGGAAUUUGGGAAUGUUUUAAAAAUGCGAGAACAAUUCUUCCCCUUCGCGACAGGUUUACCAUACGGAAAUGAUAACGAGCUGGAGAUCAAAACAGAACAAGACGAGAAUUGUGCAGAUUUCCAAGAUACAGAAGCUGAAGCUACUCAAAAUUGGCAGGUAAUUGAUGGCAUAACAACGACGACUAAUGACGAUUCAAAUUUUGAUCCACCAAGUUCUGACGACGGGGACGAGUCGUCGUCAUCCUUCUGUAUUUUACCUGAUCCACUACUACUCCGGUCUACUAGAAAGAGGAAAAUUCCACCUCAAACUGUUCAAAAACCUGUAAAACGCGGACGACGACCAACCACUCGUUCUCGACCGAAAGACGACGACGACAGUUCUUCUGAAGAAGAAGAAGAAUCUGAAAACGACUACGACAACGAUGACAAAGACGAAGACUGGACAGAGGAACUCGAAGAAGGAAACGAACCUGUUUCCAACCAAUGUACAAAAUGCGGCACUGAAGUAAAGCAUUUGAGACCUCACUUUCGUCGACCCCAUCCAUACCCCUGUUCCCAAUGUUCCUUCACCUUUAUCAACCUCCGAGAGAGGAACGCCCACCAAGAGAAAGAACAUGAAACUCUAAUUCCACCGUGGCAAUGUGUCAUCUGCAAGAAAAAAUUGCGCCGAGUCGCUGAACUCGAAAGGCACAUGGUUGUCAAGCAUGAAACUGACGAGAAGAAUUUCACUUGCGCCAAAUGUGGGAAGGGUUUCAGUUUGGAGGCGAAUUUUCAGAGACAUUUGCUCCUCCAUGAAUUCGAGAUGGAGAGACCGCUCGUUUGCACCGUGUGCGACACCAGAUUCGCCAAGCAGGACCUGUUGGACAAACACAGCCGGUCACAUGCUAAAACACCGUGUGAACUUUGCGACAUGGUUUUCGUCCAACGCCAUGCAUUAGUGAGACACAUGCGCUUCCACAAGGGUGAAAAGCCAUACAAAUGUGACCACUGCGAAGAAGCAUUUAUCGACAAUGCUGCAAGACAGUGUCACAUUGUUCGAGCCCACUCGACUCAUCGCCUUAAAUGUGACCUGUGUGAGAAGACGUUUCUCAGCCGGCACAAUCUUACCAAUCACGUGGACACGGUGCACAAGCGAAUCAAAAAAGUAAAAUGUACCACCUGCGGAGAAACCUUCAUCGACGCAGCGGCCCUAAAAUCUCACAGAAUAGCGGAACAUGGCGAUGAUCCCUUGAUUUGUGACCAGUGUGGGGCAAAAUAUAUUUCAGUAGCAGGACUUAGAAAACACAAAUUACAACAUUCUGGAGUCAAGAGUGUAGCGUGUGAUCUUUGUGACGCCCGUUUCUGGACGAAAGAGGAUUUGCAACAACACAAAUUGUCCCAUUCGGACGUGAGAAAUUUUGUGUGUAACCAUUGCGGCAGAGGGUUCAAAGUACGGUCAAAUUUUGCUCGCCAUUUGGACACUGUUCACAAAGAGAAACUUCCUGCGCGUGGUAGACCCAAAGCAAAAUUUAAAUCUACUGCUUAAUUAAAUUUAUAACGUUGUAGAUACAUUGAAAUUGUAAAAGUUCGUCGUAUUUACUGAUAUUAAGCAGGUGCUUAAUAACUUCUUUGCGUAAUUUGUACAUAAAAGUUGUCAGGUCUGAAAAUAAAAUGUAAAAUGAAAUUGA